AUGUCUCCCUCACUUAGGUACCCAGACCGGUCCUUCGUUGAACAGGAGGCUCAGGCCUCAGGAGAAAAUGUUUGCAGUGGCAGCAGCAGCUGCAGCUGCAGCAUUUGCUGCUGCAGCAAGGACACAUGUGGAGGCACUGGCUGCGACACCAGCAACGGCAGCUGCCGCAGCCCCUGCAGCAGAAGUAGCAUCGAAAGGGAGGGGGGAGAAAUACCUCCCCUGAGAGAUUCUAUUCAUCCUUCUUGGCUUGAAACACAUGCAACAGCCGAUCCUUCGGCAGCAGCAGCGGCAUUAGCAGCAGUUGCAGCAGGACAAGCUCCAGCAAGUGGCACACAGAACUCGGGGCUUUGGGCCGUCGCGCUGCAGCAGUCCGCUGCUGCUGCUGCUGCUGCUGCUCUCAUGAGACGCAGCCCCUCUGCCCCUAGCUUGGUCAGCGGUGUGCUGCGGGACUGCCUCCAGAGCAGGCAGCAGCUACACCUGCUGCAGCAGCAGCUGGUGCUGCAGCAGAUGCAGCAACUGAAGCUGACACCGCAAGACCAGCAGCAGGACCCUGAGGGACGUGGCUCCCAGGAACUCGAAACUCCUGUUGAGCAACAACAACCGCAAGAACUAAGACAGCAGCAGCAGCAGCAGCUGCAGCAAGAACAGAUGCAGCCACAGCUGCAGCAAGAACAGCUGCAGCAAGAGCACCGCCCGAUAGCCACCGCUGCACCAACUAUAGCAGCAGAGGCAUUUGACUCCACAGACAAUCAACAGCAGCAGCAGCAACAGCUGCAGCAGCAGGAACAGCCGCAGCAGCAGGAACAGCCGCAAUCGCAGCAGCAGCCGCAGCCUCAGCUGCCGCACGAGCAGGAGGCGCAGCAGUUGCUGUUGAAGCAGAAGACGGAGGGGGAGAAGCAUCAACAGAAGCAGCAGCAGCAACUGAUGCCACAGCAGCUGGAGGUGCCCAUUCCUCCUCCCCGACAGUCGCAGCAGCAGAUGCGGCAGCAAAAAGGUUUAGCAUCAGCGACAGCAGCAACAGCACCAGGCGCUUCUGCCUCGGGGAACAGCAGCAGCAAGUUUGGGUCCUUAGCAGAGGGCAUUGCUGCAGCAGCGGCAGCGCCAACGGCAGCAGCAGCCGCAGCUGCUGCUGCUUGCUGCAGCAAUUCCAGGAAGAGGCGUUGCACAAGGCCUCCUAGGAAUCGUGCUGGCAGCAACAGCAACAGCAACAGCCGAUACAACAGCAGCAGCAACUGCAGCUGCAGCAGCAGCAGCAACAGUGCUCGCACAAGAACGCGGACACAGAGCGAUGCCACGCAUUCCAUGCUCAAGAAGAAGCCGCAUCAAGUUGAAGAUCAAUUUUUCCGCAUUAAAAUGUGCCAAAACUUCCUAAACGGCAGCUGCUCCAAGAGUAGCAGCUGCAGCUACGCCCACAGCCAAGAGGAACUCCGCGAGCCUCCGGCUCUUACUAAGACGAAGAUGUGUGUACACUGGCAGGCGGGUACGUGCCCCGCUACUGACGGCUCGUGUGUUUUUGCCCACGGCGAGGCAGAACUGCGUAGCACGAGCGAUUAUUACAAGACAAAGCUCUGCAAGUUUUGGGUACGGGGGGGAGCCUGCCCCGCAGGAGAGAGCUGCCGCCAUGCUCACGGAGAACAGGAGCUACGGAAACGCAAUUACAGGCGCACAGAACUCGAGAAGUUUGCUUCUGUGCAUGGACUCAAUAUUGUGGCACUCCUUGAGGAGCUGCGCGGUGCUGCUAGCUUGAAUGUUGCUGCAGCAGCAGAAGCAGCAGUUAUCAGGAAUAAAGCAAGGAAAGGUGCGGCAGAAGGGCAGCAACAAUCUUCUGGAGGCGUCACAGCACCAGCAGCAGCAAACGCUACCACGACUACUGCAGCUGCUUCUGCUUCUGCUGCUCCUGGUACUGCAGCUGCUGCACAGACGGAGGGGCAGCAGGUACAGCAGCAAGCCCCGGGGGCAGACAGGCAGCGUGGUGGAUCGACACCUACGCAGAACAGCCGAACGGCGCCGGCGGACAGACAGCAGCAGCAGCAGCAAAAACAGCAGCAGCAGCAGCAGAAGCAGCAACAGCAGCAGUCGCAUCAUCACCACCAUGGCCAUGGCCAUGGCCAUGGGCACCAUCGACGCGGGGACGGCCAUUCGUCAAGAGGGCAGCAGCAGCAGCAGCAGCAGCAGCAGCAGCAGCAGCAGCAGCAGCAGCAGCAGCAGCAGCAGCAUCAACAGCCUUUUGUGCCGGAGCAGGACCCAACCCAUGGCUGGCAGCAGCACGAGCAGCAGCAGCAGUUGCUGAUGAUGCAACGUGCUGCAGUAGAAAACAGCGCUCCGGUGUAUGCGCAGGUACCUUUUGUUCCUACAGAUGUUUAUUCCACUAUCCCAGGCCUGCUGCCUUACGCAACUCCUUUUGUUCAGAUGCCGUAUGCAGCAGCAGCAGCUGCUGCUGCUGCUGCUGGUGCUGCUCCGGCGCCGCAGUACGCCCCCGCAAGCUUCCCCCUGGGUAUCUUCCCCCCGUAUCCACUGCUGCAAGUACCCCCAGUGCAGCAGCCUCUUGUUAGCCCAGCAGCGGCAGCAGCAGCAUCAGCACCUACAGCAGCAGUAUCCACUGCUGGGGCGCAGCAGCAGCCGCGCGCAGAGGGACCGAGGGAUGCCUGA